UAUACCUACAAGAAAAUGUACCGAAGCAAUACAAGCAAUCAAUGCUACUUGUACAUGUACAAGGUAUAUGGCAAGUAGCGGUGAGGAUAUACAAUGCACUUCAAUGUUUAUGCUUAUUUACCUACCUUUACCUACCUUAUUCAUCUAUAUCUCUAGUACCUACUUUCUAACCUACUACCAGCUAAGUACCGAGUACUGUCUCUUGGUCACUGGAUGCAGAUUCAGGUACAUGCGUAUAGCACCUUUAUUCAGUACUGUGUACUACCUACCUAUGCAAGUAUGCAUUAUAUGUACAUAUGUAACGUUGAAGCAUCUCAACGAAAACAGAAACAUUCUAACCUCAAAUACUCUCUUUACUUAUCUGAUGCAAGAUCAUUACGUCCCCAGUCUCAUCAAUUAACCAUAUAAUACGUAUAUCCAAUCUGUGUUGCUUUUCUAUCAUUCGCUCAGUCAGCCAAUAAUCAUGCCACCGACUAGUCGCGUCUGUGAUCGGUGUAUUAGGAAAAAAGUCAAGUGUGAUUUGCAACGGCCACAAUGCUCUCGCUGCUCCGAAGCUAGCUGCCCCUGUGAAUAUUCCAGGGAGAAGAGAAAGCCUGGUCCGUCGCGAGGUGCUCGGCCGAGGCAUCGCCUCCCUAUAGCGGCCAAGCCUAGUUUGAACGAUUCACACGAUGGCCAGGUAAUCAUCGACAACUUAUUGGCCGAAGGGUCGUUGCAGUCGCAUCCCUCCGAUAAGCCGAUCUCAUUUGACGGGGCGUCUACCUCAAAGCAGUCCAUGCUUAGUUUAGAUGAACUGAACGCGGAUUUCUCACAGUAUCCAACGCUGACCAUACCUACAUCCGGAUUUCCAGGGUAUCACUUAGAUCCUUCCCAAGAGAGAAAUCUUCUGCUGCAGUUUUUUGAUGAUGUACAUCCUGCGAUCCCCAUGUUUCAACAGGGCAAGUUCCUCAAGUUGUACGAUGAUGGUGUAGCCACAAGCGAUCUGGUCAUAACCAUGGCCACGAUCACAGCUAAGGUACUAGGUCCUAUAAAUUUCUGGCGACAGGAAGAUAUAGAUCUAUGUAUGAGCACACUACUCGCGUCGACUGCCUACGAGAGUGAUUCAGCAAGUUCCCAGGUCAGUUUAGACCUUCUUAGGCAAGGAUGUUUGCUGGCCUACUAUGAGUUCCAUCAGUUUCCCGGGCCGUCAGCUUGGAUGAGGAUCAGCCGUUUGACACGAAAGGCCUAUGCGAUGGGGCUCAACCAGAUUGAGAAUCCUGAUCUGUGUUCUGCCUAUGAUGCCGAACUAGCAAGCGAAGAUGAGAUUGAAGACUGGAGAUAUGUAUGGUGGUGUCUCUAUUGUCUCGACUCCUACUCCAAUAUUUCAUUGGGGGCCCCUUUUGUAGUUGACUUGGAGAGCAUCAACACGGCGCUUGUCAGAAGAUCGACAACGGAUGAUGGAGCUCCUGAGUCGCCGAAGCUAUUCUUACCCGACGAAGUAGAUCAGCUUUGGAGAACGGCUCAGGACGUUGUAUUGAAUCGCUUUACAAGGGAAUUUAACAUUCACAUUGUCACCACUACCAUUCUACGGCAGGCCGGGAAUCUAUUACGGCUGAGAAUGAUGAAGAAGCCAGUUAACCACAAGACCGAAGUCUUGAAGAGCAAUCUUGCUUCGUUACGACUCGCUUUACCACCACGAUAUCUCAACCCUGUCCGCAAUGUAUUAAUAGAUGAAUUGGGACUUCAGCACCAUGCUCGCCUAACGAAUAUGAUGCACCUACACAUGACUCGUCUUCUCAUAAACUUACCACACGACAUCCAAGCUGACGAAGCUGAGUGGCUUGAUUGCUGGCAACAGACCCUCGAGGCUUGCCAGGAUAUCGUCUCGGUGGUGGAGCAGUGGAACAACCAAUAUUCACCCCGUGUUGAUCCUGCAAUUUGCAUAAUUGCAUUUGUGGCUCUCUGGAUUACCAAUUUGCAUCGCAGAUGUAUCGUUGACGCGACAUCGCCGUUAUUACCUAGUCUGGCUCAGGCCGAGAACAUUUUGUUGUUAUUCUUGGAACAGUUCUCUAUGAUGUGGGCCCUUCCCAAGAUGCUCAUCCAUACAUUCAAAACAUCGCCAAGUAAUGACCCGUUAACAUACUUGGAUGUAGACCGUAUGGUGCGCCAGCUGAAAAUGCCUCUUCAUCCGAAAACAUUCCACCAAGCAUACGCAGUCAGUCUUGGCACUCCAGAUCUAUUUGGGGGGUUUGAUAUAGGGACUGGUUUCGUCAAUUCAUUGCCCUUCAGCAUAUAGUCAUAAUUAUUCGUCCACUGGUUCACUAAAUACUUGGGUCGAGAGAUAAUCGCACAUAAAAUUCAAACAUAUUGGCGUAUUGUGUUUAUUUACUCAACUGGGGGUUAGGAUCGGACAUCACGACGACUCAGAAGAGGAUGGCGGAAUUUCGAAUGUAUCUAAACAGCAAUCUGGCGAACCAGGAGCCACAAAUUAUGGAUGAAGGUCUGGAUAAUUUACAUACCUAUCUUCAGAGCUCUGCCACGAUGAAUUGAGUUAUUCCUCUAACAGUAUUUAUGGUUAAUUGCGAUAAGUACUCGAUGUGACAUCUCAAGGCAGCAUUGAGAGCAUAUCAGGGGCAGGCCUACAUAGUACAAGGAGAGGAUACUGGAUGCAUGCAACGUCGGGCGUUAACUGUUUCUAAUCAAUUGAUACAUCAAUUACUGUACCUAACUAUUAUGACUAAUCC